CAGCACAUUAAAUUAAGUAUAAUAUUAAUUUAAUUUAAAAAGUAGCCUAAUAAUAAUUUAAUGCAUUAAUUGGAAAUGCCAAAUCCUCUACAUUUUCUAGACCAUUGACUAGCUUUGACCCUCUGAACAGUGAUUUUAUUUUGCUUGCACCAUUGAACAAUGGGAUUCACGUGGAUCUCUCUCCAAAUUGCAGCGAAGCUGACAGCUCACAUCAGGAAUUAUCUUCUUCUGAAUGAGUGACACUUGUCUGCUCAGUUACCUGGCCUCCAUCUGCAAUUUCUGUUUUUUUGUUUUUUACGUUCAAUAUGUUGGAUAAGAAGUGCUAAUCCAACGUAUUGAGGCGCUAAUCCAUUUUGUCCAAUCAUUUAGUUUUCCCUGUAAUCUUACUUACGCAAUAAACUAAGUAACCUAUUGUUCUUAUUUUGUUUUGCUGCCCCCUAUCAACGUACAUAUAAAUACAUAUUAAACAAAUUUUAAAUCUGAAACUCCAUGACUACAAUAGAUGGUGCAAUUGUUUAUGUGUCUAACAUUGAUCUAGAUAAAUGUGCACUAUUAUUAAAGUGAGCGGCCAUGUCAAGUGGUUAAAGUAGUUAAACUACUACAAUUUAGAUUUCCUACCCGAUAUAAUUACUACAUGGACAACCGUGUGAACGAUUUAUCCGUGCAUGACUUUGUCACUUCCUGUGGAGCCUUUUCUGUUCUAUGAUCAAUCGACUAAUUGAAAUUUUGCCGACCAAGCCUUUUCUCAUCAAAGUAACGCUUGUUCAACCAUUAAGGGUACAGUCAUAGUCAUUUUACUGUUUCCAGGAUUGUCAUCAUGUUCUUUAACGUUACGGUUUCAUUACAGAUCAUAGACCCUCAUAUGCCACGUGUGGGGUGCCAGCACAAUGGAGUCUCUAUCCCAAUGCCCCCGCUGAAUGUGCUACGGAUCGGAGAACAGUUGCAGUACAAGUCCGAAGAGAAACUUUACCUUGUUCUCUUCUUUGACAACAAACGUAGCUGGCAGUGGCUUUCUAAAUCCAAGAUGUUUCCUCUCGGUAUUGACAAAACCAUCGACAAGAUUAAGAUGAUGGAGGGACGCACCUCAGCCAUCCGCAAAGCUGUUCAGACCGCAUUCAACCGUGCCAUGAACCAUCUGACCCAUGUCCAAGAUGAACCUGUUAGUGACCUCAGUGACAUUGAUUAAGACUGGCAAAUGCAUGCACAUUUCAAAGCCUUAGUAACUGUUAUUCCUGACUGGCACCUGCUGUGUGACUUCUGUGGUUUCUGCUACUCUAUAUCUUCCACUCCAGUCUCAUUUCCACAGAAGUCAAUUCUGUAAAUAAUGUAAAUUACUUAACACUAACUUAAAGCUGAAGAUUUACAAUAAUGGGUACUGUACAUACAUUUUUAUAGUAUUUAUACUUUUUAGUGAAUUAUACUGUGUAAUUACAUAAUUACUCAUCGAUGCUGGAACAAAUGAACAAAAUGAAUCAAGGAAAAAAUAGAGAAAAAUUGUGUGAUCAGGGCUGAAACAUAAUGUGAGUAUGCUUGCUUUUUUAUGUUUAAAUUAUUGAAGUUUUUACACAGACUUUUAUUUGGCAUUAAAUUUUUUUUAUAAUCUAAGAAUGUUUUUACAACAGUUUUAACAUAUUUUGAUGUAUUUAUAUAACUGUAUUUGUCUGUUUUUCACAUUAGAGGGUCUUGUUGUUUUGAAGCCACAAGUGCGUUAUUCUAAAAUUCUAAUGAAACCAAAAGAAAUGCUGCCCCGACUUCUUUGUUUCAACUGUAUGUUUUUAUUUUUUUAAGUUUUGUAUUUUUUGUUUGUGGGAACUAUAAUUUCUGUAGGAUGUUGUACUUGUAGGAUGUGUUAAUUUAUUGGGGGUGGGGGGAAUAGAAAUCUGUGAAUUCUAUUAACUAGUGAAUUAUUUUUUAUUUUUAUUUUUUUUUUUACAGAACUUCAGGAAUUAUUCUUGUUUUUUUAUGAUUCUUACUUUUUUUUAAGGCACUCCUAGUACAUAUGACUGUUUACAGUGACUUCAUUUAUUUGUUUAUUCUGGGUUGUAGUGGUUAGAUUUUUAAUCUUUUUUUUUUCUAUACCACAUCAUUUACUUGGUAAUAGAACUGUUAAUGAUAUUGUCCUUUUUAUUUUUUGCUAAUAAAUUCAUAAAUAAGCCAUUUUUUUUGUUAUCUAUAUUUAUAAAGCACUUUUAUAAAUGUAGAUUGUUCCAAAGUGGCUUUACAGUGAUAAUAUGAAAUUAAAGUAACAGAUUGUUUUGGCUUUAUGGCA